CAUUAACCACAGAGUGUUGCAUGAUAUUUUGUUAAAUCUCUAACAUGAGUGACACAAAUUAUCAUGCUCUUUAUUUCUUGACCCAGGACGACACCUAAAGACAUUCAAAUGCCCGACUCAUCCCAUAAUCCUUUGCACCUCAUGUCUUAAAGCUAAAAUGGCGUUUUAACACAUGGUUCUACAUGUUAUUCACCAGAUCAGCCAUCUUUUAUUCACAGACCUUGUUCCAGGAAACACGUACAACUGAUUAUCUGAUAUGACCGCCAUUUUAACACUUACGUCCACUUCCGUUCCUACACACAAACACACACACACAAAAUGUGAUUAGAAAUGUGCUGAUAAGUUUCCAUGGUGAUGCUCUGUGAGAUGCAUGUUCCCCCAUCGUUCUUAGAAUUGUUGCUGGGCAGCAAAAGGGCCCUGAGUUUAAGUUUUACCCAGAAAGGUUUCUGUAUGAUGUAGUUUCUCUCACAACUUCCUCAAAAAAUCCACAAGUAUGCACAGUAUCUGUACAGCAAUCUAUCAUUGUUCAUUGAGCAAAUGUUAUUUAUGUGGCUGUUCUGUUCUGGUGGUGGUGACCUGCAGCCUAUAACAGGCCAGAGGGUAAAACCAGACAGGAUGGUGCUCAGCAGAUGAAGGUCAGUCAGUGGCAGAAAGUCAAAGUUACUGUUUUAAUAUUUCUCUCUCUUUAUAAAGUUCACACAUCAAAACAGGAGAAUGUUUAAAAUGAGAAUGAGCAAACUGUUUUUUGCAAACUAUUAUAUAGCAACUCUGUAUAGCAACAUGGAUUCAAAUUUAGUGUUUUUUGUUUAUUUGUAUAUUUUUUUGCAAGCCUGAACAGAAUGUUGUGCAUAAGAUUAAAAUAUCUCUGCAACGGACAGGAAAUACAAACCAGCAUCAAGUGCUGCAGCCUCAGUGGCUGCUGUGGUGUGAAGUUAGUAUGAAAGGGAAGGAAACACAGAGAGGGGAUUGUAAGAGGAAGACGCAUGAAACUUAUUGAUGUCAUAUAUAUUUUAGACUUAACUUCUCCUUUUAUAUGAACACAAUUCAAACCAAGUAGAAGCCUUUCAGUUGAGCUGUGCAGCCGUUCUGGAUGCCAGGAUGAAACCUGCUCUGCUCUGCAUGCUGGGCUUUUUCUUGCUCAGUUCUUUGCUUCAUGGACGUGCUUAUGAAAUCAAGGCAACUCUGGCUGCAGACGAAACAACCAUACCACCAGGGGGCAGUGUGACAUUAACCUGUUCUGUGGGCAGAUAUGCUGGUUUAACAUUUGAGCUCUUCAGAAAACCUCAACCCACCUAUCAGACCAGAGUUUCUCCUCGAUCAGAUGGAGUUUUCAUCAUCACUGAAGGAGGAAUUUACACCUGCAGAGGAUUUAAAACCGAACAUAACUUUAUGACAACUAUGAGUGAUGAAGUUAUUAUACAGGAAACUGAAAUCAAGGCAAAUUUGAAAGCAGACAACACAACCAUACCACCAGGGGGCAGUGUGACAUUAACUUGUUCUGUGGACAAACCUGCUGAUUUAACAUUUGAGCUCUUCAGAGGAUCUUCAUCCACCUAUCAGACCAGAGUUUCUCCUCGAUCAGAUGUAGUUUUCAUCAUCACAGAAGGAGGAAUUUACACCUGCAUAGGAUUUAAACUUGGGACAAACUUUGUGACAUCUAUGAGUGAUGAAGUCACCAUUAAUAAGAGAGUUUCCAACAGAGUUUCAGUCACUUCACAACCAAACCGAUCUCUGAUAUACAGAGGAGAGAAAGUCACUCUGAGAUGUGAGAUCCAGGAUGAUGGAAGAAAUUGGUGGACGUAUGAAUGGAAACCAACCAAUAGAAACUUUCCAUCAUCCAGUGAAUAUAUGAUCAACUCAGCUACUGAUGCUGACAGUGGAGAAUACAGCUGUAAGGGUAGAAGAGGCUACGAGUUUACAGGAUGGAGUGAAGCCAUCAGACUGACAGUGUCAUCUGAUAAACCCAGAGCCACCCUGAAGGCAGAGAAAAGAAUCAUACCAGCAGGGGGCAGUGUUACACUGACCUGCUCUGUUGAAGGAUCUACUGGCUGGGAGUUUUACUGGAUCAGAAAUGGACAAUAUUAUUCUGUAGUUGGAUCCUCCAGAAACACAGAACCAGAUGGAACCAUCAGAGUCUCAGAGGGAGGAGAGUACAGCUGCAGAGGAAGAAGAGGAGACUCAUCUUUUGAAUCAGAAACCAGUAAAGAGGUCACCAUUGAGGAAACUGCUCCCAAUAAACCCAGUUUGAUUCUGCAACCCAACUGGUCUCAGAUCUACAUAGGAGAGAAAGUCACUCUGAGAUGUGAGAUCCAGGGAGGAACUGAGUGGACGUAUGAAUGGAGAUCAACCAAUAGAAACUUUCCAUCAUCCAGUGAAUACAGCAUCAUAUCAGCUACUGAGUCCCACAGUGGAAAAUACAGCUGCAGAGGAAAAAGAGGGUUUUCCUUUACACCAUGGAGUAAUGUUGUUAAAAUAACUGUAUCACCCAAACCUCAUCCUGUCCUCUCUGUGUCUCCAUCAUGGCCGAAUCCUGGAGCCUCAGUGACUCUGAGCUGUGAGGGUUUGGAGCAUCAAUCAGCAGGAUGGAGGUUCUUCUGGUAUAAAGCUGUUCCUGACACAUCCAAGCAAAACUAUCUACCAUCCUACAGCUAUGAGCUGCUGCCUGGCAGCACCAAUGGGACUGAGCAGAACUCCUUCAUCAUUAAUGGACCGACUCACACAGCAGGAUACAAGUGCAGAGCAGAAAGAGAAGAACCAAAGUUUUACACUGAUUACAGUGAACCAAAGUUUUUCUGGUCUGCAGAUCCUCGUCCAGCAGCUUCUCUCUCAGUGAAUCCUGACAGAGUUCAACACUUCAGAUCUGACUCUGUGUCUCUGAGCUGUGAGGGAAACUCUGCUGAGUGGAGAGUGAGGAGGUUUAUAGAAAGAGAUGGACUGUCAGACUUUACCUGCUCCUACUGGGGGACAAUGACUGGAUCUACAUGCACCUUUAAACCAUACUAUUAUAUGGAUGGAGUGUUCUGGUGUGAGUCAAAAUCUGGAGAGUUUAGCAACGCAGUAAACAUCACUGUACAGAAUGAUAAUUAUGAUGGUGUUAUCCUGGUGAGCCCUGUUCAUCCUGUGACUGAAGGAGAUCCUGUUACUCUGAGCUGCAGAGAUAAAAAACAAAAUCUUCUCUCCAAUGUGUUUUUCUAUCACAAUGAUAAACUCAUCAAUAAUGACAGCAGAGAGGAGCUGAAGAUCUCUGCAGUGUCAAAGUCAGAUGAAGGUUUCUACAAAUGUCAACAUUCAGGAAAAGAGUCACCAAGGAGCUGGAUGUCUGUUAGAGUAACUGUAUCCAGUCCUGUCAGUUCUUCAUUUCCUGUCAUGUUGAUCGUUGGACCAGUUGUUGGAAUCGUUGUCAUUAUUCUCAUUAUUCUCCUGAUCUUGUUGUGGCGCUGCAGACGGUCCAAAGAUCUUUGCUGCAUAAGGUCAAAGGGCUCAGAGGUCAGAGGUCAGAGCUCCACCACAAACCAGCCUGAAGGUCCUGAAUAUAAAUCUCUUUCUCAUGGUAAUGUUCAUCUCUAUGAGAUGAUCGGCUCGGCUGAAGCUUCUGGACAUGCAGCAGAUGAAGCCCCAGAGGUUACAUACUCUCUCAUUGAAAUGAAAUCCUUUAGGAAAGACAGGAGACAAGGUGGACCAGAAGAGGGCGCUGUUUACUCUGAGGUGAAAACAGGAGCUGCAGGGAAGUCGGGUCCUGCAGCAGCGGAGGCAUCAGUUUAUUCUGAAAUCAGAAAAGCACCAGCUGUGGAAAACAGUGCUGCCAUGUAGGCUGCAGGCUCUGAGUUUAUCCUGCAGUUUAUUACAAGACUCACAACAACUGCUUUGAUCACACAAUAUUUUUAUCCGUCAUAAGAAAUCUCCUAGAGAAUCUGUAUUGGUCACUCAAAGAAUAAUUCUCUGAGAUCCAAAUCGUCAGAUGUGCUUAAACUUUAGUAAAGGUUUUGCAAUGCAACAUUUUAUAAAGACUCACAAAUCGUUUUUUUUUAACACAACGCAAAUUGUGAAUUGUUUUGUGUUUAUUUGUUUCUAGAAGUAUGUUGCAAUUAAAGUUACUAAAUUUGAUUUGGAACAGUUUGAUUUGGUUUCAUGUGAAGCAACUUUGCUUCACAUUUAACUUUUUAUAUCAAAAACUUGUGACUGUAUUUUUAUCGUCAAGCACGUUGUAAAUUAAGUAGAUUGAUCAUUUGAAUGCAACACAUAAAAUCAAUAUAAGAUGUUAGACAUAACUGGGCACAAUAGUGAUUAAAAUGAUUUUUACAGUUUCAGGUAAAUAGAUUGUUUUAUUAAUGCUGCUUGUAACUGAGCGACAAUUAUUAGAUAUAUAUCUUUGCUCUUUUGUUAUUAUAGUAUUUCAGUUGAAGCUUAAACCUGCACACUUGCUACUAGAUGGAGUUUUUACACCUUAACAGCUAGACGACAGGAAAGUACUGAACCUUAUGCAAUCUUUGGUAUGUGUAGAAUAUGCAUCUAUAGGCAACUUGCAGCUCACAUUUGUGAAUUUCCUUUAACCAAUAAUGUUUAUUGGUUGAGCAGCAGCAGCUGAAUUGAUUCAUUUUCUGUUUCAAAUGAUGAAAUAGAAAUAAGUAAAAUAUGGGAUCUUUUUAUCUAUUCUUGUUGCUUUAAGUUAUUUUGCAGUAGAGUUAUGCUCCUUCACAAUAUCAGGAUUUUUGGUAUAGUUUGGAAUUAGAUGUACAGUACAGACCAAAUGUUUGGACACACCUUUUAAUUCAAUGAGUUUCCUUUAUUUUCAUGACUAUUGACAUUGUAGAUUCACACUGAAGGCA